GCGGUUUCAAGGCUACCCCUGCUCACUAUCCUGCUGUAGGAAAACAAAGCUUAAUUUCCACCAAAUCUUUUAUUUUCCCGCCUCUGAAGAUCACGACUUUUCAUCGGCAGCCAAAGCGGGGCCCCGAGGUGCGGCGGUAACGAAGAGCGGAGCGGGGAGGAGGCUGAACCGGGAAGCUUGUUUAUCUAUAGUAUUGGGGGGACCUUGAAACGGACGCUGUCCUAUUUCCUCUGUUGUUUUGCUUGUCUUUAGUCUGGAUUCUCCAUGUUGAACCAAUUCUGAGAUUUGGGCUCGGGACUUUGGGCUGUACAGGAAUAUACAUUCUCCUCUCCACGAUCGAGCAAUUCCAAUCUAUUCCUAUCGGGAUUGCUGGGUAGGGGUGGGGGGAUAAGACCUUGUAGGAUUUACAGGAGCAAAAAGCGAUCUGGAAGAAGCCCCGAUCCCCGCUGCUUGUGUGCAAGUGUUAGAUGGAAAGCAGCUCUAUCAUCGCCCAAGUGCACAGAGAAGAGGCGCUUGUGCAUUCAAAGCCAGGACUGGUGUCCAAGUCCUCCCCAAAGAAGCCUCGAAGUCGAAGCAUAUUCAAGGCACUUUUCUGUUGCCUCAGCGCACAGAAUGUCAGCCGGCCAGGGGGCUCCAGUGAGCCACCGAUCCAGAAGGAGGAGACAAAUGCAACCCCAAAGUCGGAUUUACUCCAGUGUCUCCAGUAUCAGUUUUACCAGAUUCCAGGUACCUCUUUGCUUCCUGAGGUAGCACCAAAAGACAAAGGAAAAAUAUGCAUGGUGAUUGAUUUGGAUGAGACACUGGUUCAUAGCUCAUUCAAGCCCAUCAAUAAUGCAGAUUUCAUAGUUCCAGUGGAGAUAGAGGGAACUACACACCAGGUGUAUGUUCUAAAGAGGCCUUAUGUAGAUGAGUUCCUGGAGAGAAUGGGCCAGCUUUAUGAAUGUGUAUUAUUCACUGCCAGUCUGGCCAAGUAUGCUGACCCAGUGACAGACCUUCUAGACAAGUCAGGAGUCUUCCGCUCACGACUUUUUAGGGAAGCCUGUGUGUUUCAUCAGGGCUGCUACGUAAAGGACCUUAGUCGCCUGGGGAGAGAUCUGAAGAAAACCAUUAUUUUGGACAACUCUCCUGCAUCCUAUAUCUUCCAUCCAGAAAAUGCAGUUCCGGUGCAGUCUUGGUUUGAUGACAUGUCUGACACAGAGCUUCUGAGCCUAAUCCCAAUCUUCGAGGAGCUCAGUUACUCAGAGGACAUUUAUACAAGUCUAGGGCAGCUGAAGGCCCCCUGAGCUUUCUCUACUGCCUUCCCUUUUAAAGGAACUUUUUAUAUCUUUUAAUAUUCUUAGGUUUUUUCAUUUUUUUCAAAUACUUCUCACAGUGCCUUUGGCCUCAGAUGAAGAGGAACCAAAAGUGGAGUUUAUGACUUGUGGGUGUUCUCUGACUUGGAGCAGUAGCCCAUGAGCAAGAGAGCUGCUAUCUUGCCUGUACCAAGCAUAGCGUCGCAGCUCAGUCCUCAUAGCCAGCGUGUUCAGUGGCAUGUUGGCCACAAAAGCAGGGAUACAUAUAAAUGCCAUUACUUUGGUGCACUGUUAGGGAAAGUGUCCUUUUUAUAUGAUAGUGGUACCAUGUACCUAACUUAUAGUGAUGCUGGAGUCUGGUGACUCUUAGCAAUAUCAUUGAAGUGGUGUUAAUGUACCAUAUAUGUGUACAGCCUUUCUAUAUGGGUGCAAAGCCAUGCAACCAGUCCAUAUAACACUGGUACUCUUGAUAUAGUACAUGAUUGAGGAGUGUGCCUGAAAAUAGAGUGUGUUCUGGGAAGUGUAGGGUUCCAGACAAGGAACUUGAGUGGUGAAUGACCAACGUGUAGGUGUUUUUCAAGGGCCUUUAAGAGCUGUAGGUGCUAUGAUCUAUAAUUUUGUUUGCUAUUUGCUCUCUCACACAUCUUCCCUGAUGUAGGGAAUCACUGCAUUCAAGUGCUAGCUGUCAUCUCCUGAAAUGACCGCUCAACCCUCAGAACAACUCAUUUUUGGAGGUGCCUUAUUGGUGUUUUGGAAUCUUCUUUAUGUAGGAGGAAGAUGAUUUAGAUUUUUUUUUUAAUUCUAUUAUUUUGAACCUGCCACUUGAAACUUUUGUAACUUGUAGCUUUACUGAAAACCCGUCUUAUCUGCUCCAGUGAAACCUCCAGCACAUCACCUUUCUGGCACACAACAAGGAGUUGUGGGUUUCUCCACAUGGUUUGCCUCAGGUUCCUGGGAAACCACAAAACAUUCCCUGUGUCUUUUAUGUAGGUUCCUUUACAGAUUAUUUUGUAUUUUGACCAAAAACAAACAACAAAGCCAAAGGGAUAAGUAUUGAAUGUUCUUAACCCACUUUCUUAUUAAUGUCUUGAAGAGUAAAUCAUUAUCUGCAAGCUUUGAUUUGCUCUAAUUUCAUUUUUAUGUUUUUCUUGGAAUUGGUGAUUUGCUACCUAAACCCCUCAAAUGUAACUGUCCUGUAAGGCUGGUCAUGCUGAGUCAUAAACUGGCUUUCAGCUCAAACACUUCUACUUAUUGGUCCAUGAAUGGGAUGACACUAAUGCUUGCCUGACCUGAAUCUGUGCAGAGAUUGGCUAGAUAUCCAUUGGGUAGGUUUAAAAGUCAGGCCUGUUCAGACAAGGGAUGUGGUCCUCUCCUGAUGGACCUACAUAGGCCCACAUAUGCCUAACAAUUGAAACAGUCCGAUUUGGCCCACUCUCAAAAAGAAUGGAUCUUUCUGUGUAUGACCAGCUUUACUGGAGUAGAAAGGGCAUUACAAACAUUCAUACUCAAUGACAGAUGUUCAUCCUCUGACUCUGCAGCUGUUGUUAAAGGGGAACUCUGGCUUCCAAACCAAAAUUUGAUAAAGAGGAUCAUAUAACACAGAAUCCCCUAAUAUAUCCAUCAGUUACCUGUGUAUUCAACAUGUAUGAAUAAAUGCCAUUUUCUCUGCUGAAAUCCAGCUGUUUAACAGUUCUCUUUCUGCAUCAUUUGAAAUCCUGGCAGGGAAGCUAAACACUAAUGUUACAAGUUGCAAAAACUUCUCCACACCUUACAGACAGCAUGCAGGGACUACAUAACCCACAAUGCAUUGCACUGUGAUGUUCUGUUCCUUAUUGAAAUCACAUGUGCAGGGAAUUGUGGGGUUUCGAUGGAUGCAAGCUAAGGACAGCUGGCUGUUGAUACAAAGUAACAGUAGUCAGGCAGCUCAGCAAAGUAGUCAGCACAGAUCAGCAGGGGCUAAGCUUAGGGAACUGUCAGAAACCAUUAAAAAUCAUGAAAAGUCUGCAUAUUUUUUUAAUUGAUCUGUAUAUUGCAAGGUUGCUUGAAAUUAUGUUUACUUCUCAAAAAGCUUAAGUUAAGUUUGUGCGUAGUUCCCCUUUAAACUACAGCAGCUGAGGGACAGAGGUGUGGAAUCCUGAUUUACUGAUGCAGCUGUGCCAGAUCAGCACAUAAGGCCCUUGUUUGGUUCUUGUAAUUUAGCUUCUUUGAAAAUGAAAACCACAAUAAACCCUGCUUUCUUCUGCCAUCAUUGCACCAUAGAGUUUGGUUUAAGGUCAGGUAAUACACCUUGCUGUGCCUUUUUUUUCAGCAGAGGAAAAAAAAAAAAGGAAGUUUUAUAACUGAACUACUUAAUGUGUUAUAAUGUCUACUUAUUCGUCCCUGUAUGAUUCAUGCAGUGUUCAUCUCCAGGCAGUGCUGCACCUUCAGGCACUGUAUGAUUUCUAAGCUGUUGGACUGUUACAAAAUGUUAAAUGGACCUCAGGGGAAAUGCAGUAGCCAUCCUAUGGAAUGAUUUGCACAUUUGCUGUCGAAGCCUCUACAAACUGACGCUCCUAGAACUUUUAUUUUUCUUCUGUACAUUUGUCAGGCAAAGAUGAACAUUCCUGCGCCUCCUUGAUUUUUUAUCAGAAUGUGAGGUCCGUGUCUUUCUUGGACAAGCGGCCGAUAAAAAGUGUUCGAUUUUGUUGAAAUUGAAGAAUGGAAGGGCUUUCAGCACAUUGCUGUGUUUAAAAAAAAAAAAAGGUUUCCCAGUAGAAAAGGGUUAUAUCAUUAAGGUGUGUAAUCUCUGUCACAGAGCAUGCAAUAAAAGUAUAUUUUUAUGCCCUAA